CCCAUCCCUCCUCCGUUCGGCACACGACGUCCCUUUACCAUCCUUCAUCAGUUUCUCGUGAGUACGUGCGUCGAAGAGGAACGACUCGACCACCCUUUUUCGAAUAAAGCAGCGUGUUUCUGUGUUAUCGUCUGCUAAACAUUCAACAAGGACUAUGUUAGAUAUAUUUUAAGUGAUUCUAAGAGAAUGGGAACCUUCUAGAUGCGUUCUAAGGCGAACUGACGGUAUUUGGAAGAGUUUAUAGAAUCUUGUUUCUUUGUUUACAGAUAAUUUCCUGUUUAUAAGUUUAGAUUUCAAUAUCUUCAUCUUCUAAGUAAAUGGCGGGUAAUCAUUCGAAAAUGUUUGACAAACCAAGAGCUUUCACCGAAGCCACAAAUUUUGUGAAUCCUUAAGUUUGAAAAUUUUCCCCCUGACUGAUACAUGAACCUGGCAGCACAGGAGCCGACCGGCCUGGCCAAAAGGAACGAUUAUCUACCUUCUGAGGGAAGAAAAGAAUAAUAACAAAAAAGAGAGUAUUCAACAUCCCCCACACGGAACAAAAGAAGGGGUCACAAAAAAGGGGGGAAAGUGAGCGAGUGUGAGCCCCUUGAGUGGUUACGGAAAGGAGAGUGAACCAAUCAGCGGGCUCCGCGAUGAUGUCAUCGGAGGAGGACCCCGAUUUGGGUCUACUGGAGGACAGUAAAGCUCUGAUGAAUAAGACCUCUGCCAAGACGAAACGAGUGAGGCAGCGAGUAGAUGCGGGUGAACCGAGGAACAGUUACGCAAGCAUCCCCAACUUUAGUUCACGCUCUCCCGCGAGUUUAGCUUCUCUUUAUUCUCAUCACUCCGCUACGAAUGGAUACGCGAGCAAAAUGCUCUGCGAAUUAUUAGGAACUGGGCUGAGAGUGCCUUCAUCCCAGAAUAAGGACCAGGAUAUGAUUGUUUUGGACGCUACUAGCAACGGUGGAAUGAACGGGUCGAGUCCCGUUACUCUUGGAUCGAACCCGGGAAGGAUGUUUGUGAACGGCGGCGGGGAAUUGAUGUACGGAGGAAGGAUGCCGGAGAGUCCCGAGCGGUGCAGCAGUGGUGGCAGCGCGGCGAGCAGCAACAGCCACCUCCUGCGGGACAUACUGCAGCAGGGGAGGAAACAGUCCGGUCACGGUCGAGAGAGCCCGGGAUGCGGAGGAGGAGGGGAGGUGGUUUCUUUUGCCGGAAGCAGGCCGUCCGAGAAACUCGACGACGAAGAUUCAAAUGAGAGUAAAGCGAGUUGUAGGAUGUCGUCGGCUGCAGGUAGAGUUUCUCCGGCGAUCGACGCCUCGUCUGCUCCGAGUCCGGCCGGCUCUUCGCCUAGGAGUAGCCCCGGCAUUCACUCUACGACCGACAGUGGCGCCACCUGGCAGCAAUCUGAAAAUCCUCUCCUUCCACCCGGUAACUCCACCUCCCUCGAAGUGAAGCGAGCUCGGGUCGAGACCAUAGUGAGUAACAUGCUUCAGGGUCCGACACCCCGCAACAACGGUAACGGUUCUGGUAUGCCUGACCCACAACCUCCCGUCAAUGGAUGCAAAAAGCGAAAACUUUAUCAACCACAACAACAUGAUACUGCGAAUAGAAACCCAUCAUCAACAAACGGUGAAAUAUACGACGAUGAAGAUGAUUUCGGAAAUGAUGGUAGCCCAUUGCCUAAACGAAGGAAUACGGGCAAUUCAGCCGCUGGACUUUUUACUUUUCGCCAACAAUUGCGACACAUGCAACAGCAAUUAGUCGCUAUGCAACAGCAAUAUAUGGAAAUGGUGGAUGGUGACAGUACAGAUGAGGACGUUCCGUCAGCCAACAAUAAUAACAACGCUCCACCUACUGUGAACGACCGGCCAAAAAGUGCCGAUACUUCGGACUGUGAAGACGUUAAACCUCGAAUUGAUCAUAAAGAGGUGAACGGACCUUCUUCUUUUGUGGAUUACGAUAACGCGAGCAUGUACGACGAACAAAGACGAUUAGUGAUCGACGAUACCAAAGAACUAAGUGUUUCAACGAAUAAUACACCCACUAAACUCAGUUUGCAGGAAUUAAGGCAAUCCUGUAUAGUGCAGCCAUCUCCAUGCCUUAACGUAGACUAUGAGUGGUUAAAAGAAUCUCUUAAGGCUGAGUUGUCCACCUCUCUUUCCCAAGUGGUCGAUGCAGUUGUUUCAAAGUGUGUCCAACAAAGAGCAGCUCAGUCCAAGAUGACGCCUACAAAUCAAGAAUCAUCAAAAGAUCCGACACUGUUGUCUCAAAUGUUGGAUAGAAAAUCUCCACGGACUGGUAAAGUCAUCGAUCGUGGGACGAGAGUGAACGGCCAUGGGGGUUUGUGCGGUCUUCGGACAAGUCCUUAUCCACCGGACAUCGGAACAGCCCCUAAACCACCCUUCUACUUUCCUCUAAAACCACCAGCGAGUGUUGCGGCAACGGCAGCUUUCCUUUACGGCUCUCCUCCUCAAAUGCCCUCACUUUCUCAAUCGUAUUCUUCUCCGGCCAGUUCUACGCCCACCCCUCAGGACCUUCCCGAACAAACAGAGGCCAUGUCACUAGUGGUGGCCUCUAAGAAAAAGCGACAUAAAGUGACAGACACCCGACUUAAUCAACGAGGUGGACCUAGCGGUCAACUCUGUGGAAUGAGAUCUGCGGAUACUUCUCAAGACGUCAGUCCCAAAUACUCCGGAAUGAUGGACAAUUUACCAUCUUCCGAUUCCCUUCCUCCAUCGCACAUCUAUUCUCAUCAUCCCCCACCGCCACCCCUGGUACCGGUCAGCUUACCGACCACCGUGGCCAUCCCGAAUCCCAGUCUUAAUCAAUCCGAACUCUUCCAACAUUUUCCAUACAGCCAUCACCGACUCUCUCAACAUUUUGCCAAUCUUGAGGGGCCCGAUGACGAUGGGGGCCCACCCCCCAUGGGACUGCAUCACUCCGGUCCCUCCAUUCAUCCUCUUCUAUCUUUCCAUCAGCGAGGAUCCCCGGACUCUCUCCACCUUUCUCACAUGAAGCAGGAUAGUGGAGAUAUAUCAGAUGCCGGAGAUAGUCCUGCCACCUAUGAAUCCGGCAUGCCUAUGAUAUCCUUUCUACCAUCGAUGCACACGAGUACCUUGACGCCAAUGCACCUAAGAAAGGCGAAGUUGAUGUUCUUUUUUGCCCGAUACCCAAGCUCCGCCGUCCUCAAGAUGUACUUUCCCGACAUCAAAUUCAACAAGAACAACACAGCACAGCUCGUCAAGUGGUUCUCAAACUUCAGAGAGUUCUUCUACAUCCAAAUGGAAAAGUAUGCUCGCCAAGCAAUGUCCGAAGGAAUUAAGGCUGCAGACGACUUGAAAGUGACGGCAGACUCUGAACUCCUACGAGUUCUGAAUCUACACUACAAUCGAAACAAUCAUAUCGAGGCACCAGAAAAUUUCCGGUAUGUUGUAGAGCAGACUCUCCGAGAAUUCUACAAGGCUCUAGUCGCUGGAAAGGACGCUGAGCAGUCUUGGAAGAAGUCUAUCUACAAGAUUAUCGCCCGACUGGACGACAACGUACCCGAAUACUUCAAAUCGCCGAACUUUUUGGACACACUGGAGUGACGGUGGUGGAACUUAUGAACCCCCGUGCCUUCUCUGCCCCCGUGUUUUGCCGUCACACCUCUACUUGACUGCCAACAAAUGCGAGGAUUCACAGACUCAUGAAAUGCUGCUGCUUACGUUUUCAGAGAUUUAUGAUCAGUUCGGAACAGAAAUCAAACCUUUCUGAAGUGUUUGGCCUUGCCAAGAAAGCAAACAAACGUUCACACGCAAGCAUAAAAGACGUUUUUACAUAGGUUCUUGUGCAACGUCAAAACCGAAGGACGCGCAAGGUUGUAUAUAAGAUAUGAAUGACGUGAAAAAAAAGACUAUAAAAAAAGAAGGAAUUCGUGCCCUUCAGAACAAAGUUACUUUUUCUUUUUUAAAAAAAAAAAUCUAGAAUUGAAAUAACUGAAGACAGGAACAAAGUAUUAUUUUUCAAUGCGAACUGGAAAAGGAAUUAUUUGAAAAUUUAGGAAUUGGCACUAAAAAGGAGUUCGGUGACAAAAAAUUCGUUUUUUGCAAUUGUAACAACAAUAUUGUAAAGGAGAUAAGUGUAUAGCUUGUGUCAUUUAGUUUCGGAGUUUCUCCAAAGAUGGAGCUGGUAGUAACUCACAAUCUUUUCGACACUUUUUCUUCCUUCCAUAAAAUUUGGUUUUUGUCACUUAACUCCAUUUUUCAAUGUAAACUCCUCAACGGAUUUAAGAUUUAUUUAAAAUUUUAAUUUUGUUACCUCUAUUUGAAUAGAAUCAAUCCCAUAAAGUCUAAUGUAAAACAAAAAUAUUGUUAUUGUCUUAAAAAGUUGUGGAACGUAUUUUGAAAAGUUAGAACUAUGUUACACAUUAAAAUACGUAUGUAUAAAACACUUUUAACGCAGAGUUUUAUAUAUGUGUUAAUGAAAAAAAAUAAAGGGUUGAAUUAAUUGUUACGAAAAGAAAUAAAUAAAAUUAACGGGCACUGUUAAAAUGAUUAAAACUGUUAAAAUAAUUUGGCUUGUUGAACACCAAGACGAUGCAGUUUUAGUAACUUGUGUCGAAUUGGACAAUAUAACUUUUAAAUUCAUGAUUAUCUAGUUCAUCUUCAAUGAAAUCUCUGAUUUUUUGCUACGUUAUUACGAACCAAAACUUUUAAGAACGGAGAGAAUAAUCUUAAAAUGAAAUUAUAAAAAUUGGGAAAAAAAUAUUUAACAUGUUCUAGUUGUUAUUUAAAGCUUUGUCACAAACUUCAGUUAUUUCAAUUUAUUGGAAUCUGUAACAAAAGGUUUACAUGUACAGAAUACUGUUUAUUCUUUUAUUAUAUUGUCUUUUACAAACUAUUAUUUAAACAAAACAAUUAUGUUAAUGAUCACAUUGUGUGAUCUAGUCAAAGAUUCAUACCAAAGUAUAUUUUUCCUCAUUUUAGAAAAAAAAAAUGAAAUUAACUACACCAGUUAUGUGAAUAUAUGUAUACCUAUAGACGUUGACUUCACUUUAAGAGCACCGUAUUCCUGCUUUUAUAAAAUGUUUUGACUGCUUUCAACUCAUUUUUUAAACAAAUAAAAGCAAGCUGUAGAAACUGUUUAGUUUUGGAAGCAUCAUAACUGUAAUCCAUAAAGGAUAAUCUGAAUCUCAUACAAUUUUACUUCUGAGUACACUUUUAAAAAAAAUUUGUGUGAAUUUUAACUAGGAACAAAAACUAUUUCAGUGAUUUAAUGUUUUAAAAAGGCGAAAUCAGAGGUGAUUUUUUGAAAAAAUAGACGCAUUAGGAACAAUCAUUGCAUUUUAAAAUAGAUGUUAAUAGGGGUGCUUAGUAGAAAACGUUAAAUGACAUUCCAGUAAAUUUAAGAACAAUAAAAAGCUUUUUACAAAACAUAUUUUUCGGUUGACAUUUGCCUUCUUUAAAAAAAAAAACUUUUAACAAAUUAUCACACCAACUUAUUUUUGCAACUAAUUCCAAUUUCUUACAGUCAAUUUCAAAUUCUUAUAGCCAAGCUAUUCUUUUUUAACAAAUUCCAAAUUCUUAUAGUCCAUCUAUUUUUACAACAAAUUCCAAAUUCUUACAACGAAUUCAAAUUUUUAUGGAUAAUCUGUUAUUUCGAAUAAUUCUGAACCCUUAUAGCCAACCUAUUCCUACAACUAAGUUCAAUAAAAAACGUUCUUAAACUAUGAAAUUUGUUUUCAAAAUGUCACUGAGCAGGUUCUUCUACUAAGCUCCAAUUCAAAUAGAAUAAAAAAUGGCUAAAAAAACUGUUCUAAAAUGUUCUACGAUAUGUUUCAAGCACCCCAAUAAUAAAUAUUUAAAAAAUAUCCAAUUUACAUUACUUGCAAUUUUUUUAAAUGUAAAUAUCUGGAUUAUAACAGAAUGCAAUUUAUUUUUCUUGCUUUAUUCGUAAUAUAAUUAAUAGAAUAAAAACAGAAAUUUAAAGUGAAUGGAUUUUUUUAUUCCUAUUAUUAUCAGCAAAAUGAUCAAAGAGGAAACAUAAAAUCAAACCAGUCAUAUUUCAAAACAUUCCGUAAAUUUAGUCAUUUUUUGGACGGUGAAUUACAUUUUUUUUAUUAUUAUUUGUUUAUUGUAACUAGUCAGAGUUUCUAUUACAAAAUACUAAUUUAUUGUUUUAUUUUUUAUUGUAUCCAUUAUUAUUUCUGUGUAGAUUUAUUUUAUGUAUUAUUUUUAGUGUGUUUAAAAAAAUGUUUCUUCAUGAAAAAAUUAGGUCUGGUCAUAAAUUUGGGACUUGUACCCUGUUGCAACUCAUUGAUGUUCAUAAAGUCCGUAAUUGCGUUUAACGGAUGAAAUUCAAAAGUAGGAAUUAUUGAGUUCGAACAAGAUCCAACUUUAUAACCAGGCUCAUUGUUUUACCAAAGAUUAUUCAGUUUAUUCCAAAUUAUAAUCGGUGCAAAAUUGUCAAAAAUUCAGUAUUUUUAUUUAGCUGUAUAUAAUUAAAUAUCGGGAACUUAGUUUGCUCGUGUGUAAAACUCUAGUCAAAGAAUCUCAUUCAAUUGUUUUGAAUUGAAUCUAUUCAUGAGUAUGUGAAAUCCUUGUAAGAAAAAUCAAAAAUCUUUAUCGAGUAGAUUUGAAAGUUCCUGGUGCAACAAAUUAUAAAACAAUUCUAGUCGAAAACCUGUCGUGAAAUUUUUAAAGUUGAAAAAAAAACUGUAGCUUUAGUUUCUAUCAGGCAUAUAAAAACCUUUUGUUUUGUUUAGAUACAUUAAAAAUCUUUUUAUCACAUUUUUAAAGUUAUUUAAACGGCAUACCAUCUUCAAAACUCAUUAAUUCUAAAAAAGAAAUGUUUGUUAAAAUACUUUUGGGAAAUUUUAAAUAAUACGAUUCUAUACAUGCGAAAACUUUAAAUUUAUAUUUGUUACUAGAUACAUCUACAAAAGUAUUAAAGCGUUGAAAGAAUUAUUUCCUCUUUAAGAGCUUUUCCGUAUGAUUUAGUAAUCACCAGUCACUUUUCUUUUACUAACGCCACCUGGAGGUGGAGGACGUAUCUAAUGUCGUAGAAGAGAAAAUCCUUGCAAAAUGAAAUCAUUUCCUUCUCUUUCUUUUAAUGGCGGACAUCCUUUUAGGAGAAGCUGGGAACAAAGCGUGCUCUUUUUUUUUUUAUAAAGAUAUGUAACAUCCUCAUAGUCAUUCUUGCAGCGCACGCUUUUAUUUUUGAAGAUUAUCUUACGCAACUAUGAUCAUAAUUUCCCUAAUAUUCAAGAGUAAAUAGAUAUUUACAUUUCUUUUGUACUUCGAAAAAAAAAUGGCGCGAAACUAAAAGCGUCAUUUACAUUUUACGCCUAAGUUUCUAAUUAUUUAAUUUUUUUUAGUUAAUAAAAAAUGAUUUAAAAUUAUUAAUCAAAUAGCUUUUAUACACUUCUUUAUACUAAGAAUUUUAAAGUGUGCGAAGAAAAUUUCUUCUUUUUCGGCAAGCGAUUUUAAACUUUUCCAUCAAUAGUAAUUAUUUUUUUCUUUUCUAUUUAAAUAUAUGCAAUACUUAAAUUAAUUGUAAAAUAUUAUAAAAAAUUAAAUAUUUAAAAAAUAAAAAAAAUAGCUUUAAUAGAAGGUGGAAAGAAGGGCGGAAAAAUUAAGAGAGACACGUUUCCAAUUUUAAAGUCCUGGUAGAAACUCAAGUUUCGAAAAAUAGUAUCAUUUUUUUCUCCUUAAGAGUUUAUAUCAAGAAUUAAAGAAAUCACUUUAAAUAUUUUUUUUCAUUAAUAUCUGAACCAACCACAUAUCGUGACGAUUGUAUUAACCCUAGGUUCAUAACUUACAUAGAAGUUCAUCUCUUUCUUUUUAAAAGUCAGGAAUGUUUACGAUUUUGCGCGGUUAGUGAAACGAAUGUUUAUGAAUCUAGGUUUAAUAAAUAAUUUCGAAGUCAUUUUCAGGAAUCAAAUUUUAAGAAUUAUAGUUACCAGAAGAAACAAUUCACGGACAAAAAAAAAAAAGUGAACCUUUUAUAUGUGUAUAGUAGUCACUUUAUUCCGACUAAUUGUGAAGUUUUAUUAAAAAGUAUUAUGUGAUUUGUACAAACAUGUUAAUUAUACUAAAGUGUGAAUUUAUUGCUACGUAAAACAACACAUUCCUGCCUCUGAACAUUUCAUAUUGUUCAUAAGAUGUUUAUUGUACACAGCUGUACAUUGUACACAGUUUUCAAACCUUUAUUAUUAUGGAACGAUUACAGAUCUAGAGUGAAGAAUAGGUUAUAUGUACACUGUGAAAAGAUAAAAAAAAAAAUGUUUUUUGCACAUUAUGGUAAAGUUUCCGGUGCUUGGAAAUGAAUUGUUAUUUUGUAGAGAGCGCACUUUACGUACGCUGUUCUUAUAUUUAUUGAAGCUGCCCUACCCUUUAUAGAACAUUUAUGAACACUUCUUUAUAUAUAUUUUUUCCUCUUUUUUUAUUGGUUCACUCAUUUCACUUUCUCCCCAAACGUGAUAUAUAGAAAUUAUCUCUCUCUUUCUCUCUGGAAAGUUUGUGAAAAAUAUUCAUGUAUACACUUCUUUUAAUAGAAGUUAUCAAGUGUAUAUUUAUUGCUGUUCUUUCUAUACCUAUAAUUCACUCACAAAUCUAUAUAUACAUAUAAUAUAUUCAUUUAAAUUUAGCUCAAAUAAAAAAAAAAAGAUUUUUUAAA